AUCGACGUAUUAUUUCGAUAACAACAUCUCGCGCGUCUGGGAACAAUACGCGUCAGAUCUAUAUACUCUUUUGAGACAACUUUAUUUUGUCUUUGCCAAGUCUUUUUGCAAACUUUUAUUGUGACAAUAACAAGGUGCAGAGCAACACAUUGCUCGUCGUUUGUACUCGUAUUUUACGACAUUUUAAAAAAAAGAACGUAUUAUUUGUGAUUCCUAAAAAGAUAAAUAUGGACUGAGAAGAUAGGAUAUUUCAUAAGGAUUCUAUACAGAUUUUAACAAGAAAACGAUUAAAGAAGAGAAGGUGUGCCAGUAGUAUAAGACAACGUAACGUAUGACGUAAAAAAGAUGCCUUUGCAACAGUGGAUACAUAUACGACACAACAUUGAUAUACCAUGGAAGACCUUUGUCAGGGAGUCAUCUAAUAUACAAGAUAAAUCUCCAGAGAGAUGCGUUCAUCAGUUGGCUUUCCAAGGUAACGAAGCAAAGGCUACCUAUGAAGAAAUUGUUCAACAAACUAGUUAUAGCAAUACUCCAUCAGCAAGAUUAAAGAAUUUAAGGUUAAAAGUCACUGGAAACCAAGACAACUCCAACACAAAUCCAACUUCCAUUGUACAAUCAAAGAAGAGUACACUUUCCGACGAUAUUCUAGCAAAAGUCACAGUCAAUACAUUGUUAAAAGCAGUGGAGCAAAAGGACUUAAAGUUUUUGCAAAAACACAUGACGACAGAAAAUGUGAAUUCGUCUGAUGAUUUUGGUUGGACCCCAUUAAUGUCCGCUGCUUAUUGUGGUCAUUUAGAGAUUGUGCAAUUUUUAUUAAAUCUUGGGGCUAACAAAAAAACUAGAGAUAAGUCUGGUCUUACUGCAGCACAAUUAGCUUUAAAAAGAAAUUAUUUGAAUAUCGUAGCGUUAUUGAAGAAGAAGUCUGAUUCCAUAAGCAGUAUCAAUCAGUUAACUGCAAAUAUUCCAAAUAUAAAUAAUACAAGUACUUUAUCAGUAAGAUCAUUGCCUAUAGAAUCAUCAAUGGAGCAUAAUAAAGACAACGUUAUGGAAGAUAAGACACAGCUGGAACAGAAUGCAGCGUUUUACUGUGAAAUCUGUAAAGCGACCUUUCAAGAAACAACGUUACAAAAACACGAAAGUUCAACUCUACACAUCUUUAAUACAAAACCGAAACUGAAAUAUACAAUGUAUGGAAUAUCGAGGCAAAAUAAAGGAUACAGAAUGCUUUUGAAUACAGGAUGGGACGAGGAAGCUGGUCUUGGUCCUUCUGGGAAAGGAAUAAAAUAUCCCAUCAAAACAUGUUUAAAAAUGGAUCGCAAAGGAUUGGGACAAUUAAUAGAAAAUGAGUAUAAGAUUACUCAUUUUAAAUCGGGUGAUACAACUGCCAUUAACAGCUCCAAAAUGCCCAAGCAAAAACCUUUGAAGAAAAGAGACAGGGAAAGACUACUUCACAGAGAGGCUAGGAAAGAAAGAGCUUUGCGUAUAAUGGCGGACGAGCAGCAAAAAUUAUUGGAACACUUAGAAAAAGUUGAAAACAAAGCUGGCGAAAUUCUCACUGAUCGAGAGGAAAUAGUCGCUCUAGACAAGAGACGAAACGAUGAUCGUGUUGGAAUGAGAGCACUUCAAAAACAGUCGCAUGAAAAAACUUGGAUAACAGUAGGGCCGUUGCUUUUAAAGAUGUCAUCUAAAGCAGCUGAAAAAUUACUUGAAAAAGAUCAGAGAGAAUGUGAUACUGCCAUUAAUAAACUAAGAAGUGAUUUAAAGAUAAAAGUAAAUGAACUACGUGAUUUAGAAUUGACUCCACCAGUACCUGGAUUAAUGUUAGAACCUAUGUCUCAUAAAGAAAUGAAUGCAAUCGGACAAAUUUUCGGUCAAAGUGUCUGA